AUGUCCAAUAAAAAAGGAACAAGAAACUACAUGAGAAACUUCCAGACAAAGCGAAGGAGAAGAAGAGAAGGCAAGACUGACUACCAGCAUAGAACAAAUCUUCUGAGACAGGAUUGCACUCAGCACAACAAUGUUAAGUCUCGACUGGUUGUUAGAAUUACCAAUACAAAAGUAAUCUGUGCAAUCGUAAAGGCCUUUAUUGAUGGUGACAGAGUUGUGGCAUACGCUGAUUCAACUGAGCUGAGAAAUUACGGAGUUAACUUUGGCCUUACAAACCAUUUUGCAGCCUAUGCUACUGGAUUUUUGUGUGGUCGAAGGGCUCUGCAGUCCAACGGCCUAGAUAGGAUUUAUCAACCAAAUACUCAGAUUGGGGAAUACUCGAUUACAGAAGAUAAGGACGAUGAGCAUAAGGCCUACAAAGUAUACUUGGACAUUGGCCUUGCUAGAGCUUCUAGGGGUGCAAAUGUGUUUAUUGCCAUGAAAGGGGCCUCUGAUGCUGGCUUGCAGAUUCCCCACUCCGAGACUAAGUUUUUCGGAUAUACCAAAGAAAAGGGGCUUGAUGCCAAUGAGCUUCGGAAUAGAAUUUUCAUGAAGCAGAAUAUUGAGUACAUGAUUGAUUUGAGAGACAAUGAUGAGGAAGUCUAUAAAAGGCAGUUUGGCGGUUAUGUUUCGCUUGGAAUUAAACCAGAGGAAAUCCAGUCUAAACUUGAAGCAUGCCUUAAGCAGAUUGCUGAAAAUCCUAUGAAGAGUAAAGGUGAGAAGAAGGCAGGCAUUGCCAAGACUCACUACAAUAAUAGGAUUCCCAAACUUACCCUUGAAGAGAGGAAGGAGCGAGUCCGUGCCAAAUUGGCAGCUGCCCAAGAAUAA